ACAAGCAGCAGGAAGGACUGGCGCUCAGGAGACACUCGCUAUGCUGGAGAGUGUGUGAAGCCGCGAUGGGAGUUAACACAUCCAACUUUGUACAGGUCCUGUCACCGCUGUUGUUGCACUAAACAAAUACUCUGGGGUUAUCUCUCUCUUGCUCCGAGUGGGCUUGUCUGCAUUUUGUCCGAGGCGUUUCUCUCGCAGGAUGUUGAUGAUAUUGGAAAGCCGGGUAAGAUCAUAAAGUCAGUUCUCUCUGAUGAGAACGACCUCCUCCUCCUCCUCCUCCUCUCCACCACCACCACACAAAGGGAACCACGGAACAAGUUGUUUUUCUCACGGAAUCAUUUUUUUAUUUUUUGAAUGUCAUUAAGAAUCAGAGGGGGCUGUUUCAAAGACACAAUGGAUCACUUUGCAGCAGAGUGCCUUGUUUCAAUGUCCAGUCGUGCAAUUGUUCACGCUCCAAAAGGGAAUAGGGAGAUUAAACCAGAAACCCCGUCCUCCUCCAGGAACGGAGAGGACAUUAAAGAACCUUUGGUGAAAGACAACUCCUCUCUUUUUGUGGUGGCGCGGAUUCUGGCGGAUUUUAACCAGCAGACUCCCAACAAUGUUGCCGAGCAGGCAAAAAUAAAGGAUGAGAGCAUGCCGAACCUCAUAGAUGAUGGAAUCUCUGCCACACCUACCACCAUCUCCGAUCUUUCGCUCAAACAAAGAGGCAAAAGAUCGCGAGGUCGAACUGAGCAAGAAUCACCUCAGAAAAAGCACAAAUGCCACUAUUCAGGUUGUGAAAAAGUUUAUGGCAAAUCAUCCCACCUCAAAGCCCACCUAAGGACACAUACAGGAGAACGGCCUUUCCCAUGCACCUGGCCAGACUGCAGUAAGAAGUUCGCCCGCUCCGAUGAGCUGGCCCGCCACUAUCGCACCCACACGGGGGAGAAGAAGUUCGGCUGCCCGCUUUGUGACAAACGCUUCAUGCGCAGCGACCACCUCAUGAAGCACGCCCGGCGCCACUCAGAUUUCCAGCCCGGCAUGCUGAAGCGGCCGCACGGAGGCAGCGGCGGCAGCACCACACGUCCCGGCUCCCUCAGUGACUACAGCCGCUCGGACGCCUCCAGCCCCACCCUCAGCCCCGCCAACUCGCCUUAAACUGAAACUCAGUCGCACUUUCAGCCUCUGACUUGCAAGGCCUGUGUUUUCGUCGUAACACUUGUGUUGCACACUUGUCAGCAACCCCCCCCCCCCCUUUGCUAUUCCUGCGCUUGCUGUGGUGUACCAUACUGUACAUAACUGCUUAUUGUAGUGCAAUUACUUGUGAUCCUAAAAGAAGGUAAUGCCUUUCCCAGACGGCAAUACUUACAUUAUGUACCAUACGUCUGUAUUUUUUAAGCUUCUGAUCAUGACUAGUUGUCCCAUGUAUGUUGUCAGUCAGCUAAACAAGGUUAAGAAGGGAAAAAACACAGACACCCUGACAGUCUUAUCAAAAUGGCUUUUUCUUUGUUUUUUUUUAACAAGUGAGGAAAAGGGGUUCACACACACACCUCAGGAUUGAAGACAGUUGCUAUUUCUGUAGUACCACAGUACUUAACCGUACUCACAUUGACUGCACAAUAUACUCAUCACUUUACUCUGAAAUUCAACAGGAGUUGAAUUUUACGCCCUGCUCAGGGAUGGCCUUGUUAGCUUGAAAGAAUGAACAUGGAGAAGAGAAACAUUCAGUACAUAAUAUAGCAGCCUUACACUCAACACAAUUUGCACUCUUUGUUUUUUUGUUGGUUUUCACAUCUCGAGGAAACUAACCCACCGGUCAAUCGUACACAGAACUCAUGUUUUUGUUUUUGGAGACUUCAUAUGUAAUGUAAUUGCUGUGUGUUAACAAAACGAUCCCCCAACCUCGACCUCAGUAAACAAAACACAUCUGUUCCUCAGAUAUUCAGUUUCCAUUACACUGGGUUAUGUAUUUCAUUAUACAGCGGUGUGCAGUGUAUACUGUGUAAAUCUGCACUGUGGGAGGAUACUAUUGGGUUAACAGUUUUUAUAGGUAAUCUCAGUUGAAGAAACUUUAAAUAGAGACAGUUAAGUUUCAAAGCAGCUGGUCAUGCUUUUAAAAGUGCUGUAUCAUCAGCCAGUCACACAAAAAGGACACAAAGGGACUUUAGUUGAAACAAUGUUUAUCCCCUUCUCAAGCACAUAGGAACAAGCACCAAAGACAAGAGUGAAUGAAAGCUCUCUAUUCAGUCUUGUAAGCCGCCCUUCAUUGAGGCCUGGGGCUGGUGGUUGGCAGGAUCACAGGUAGAACCAGACAGCUGGCACACUUCCCUCCUGGCUCAGAUUUUUUUGUGUUCUCCCUUGAGGAAACAGCUGCAUCCCACAAGAAGCUAUUCAAAGCCCGCAGGAGGAGUGCUAACAUGCCAUUCCUGGGUCUACCUGUUCUGUCAAAGAAGGCUCCAACUCCGCCAAAUUGCGUAAGGUGGGAGGGUCAAAUGUAGGCCAGAGUGCUGGGCAGAGCCGGGACAUGGAGCACAGAGAGAACAAAGCGGCUAUCUGCAAUAGACAUGCAAGAGAGGGCUGCUCCUGAUAAAAGAAGUUAGGUUUAUCACCAGCUGAGCAGCACAGAGUAGGAGACACCCCCAUCUUCCUCCCUCCAGACGGCUGACACAUUGAGCAGAAAAAUGGGCGUGAUUAGCGUGAUGAUUCGAACUGUAGGAUAAGCGUAUAGAGACAAGAACAACAGUACUACCUAGUCAGCCCUAGCAGUGUGGGUGGGACACACCCAACUCCAUCGAAAAAAACUGUUGCUCCAAAUUCACACUGAUAAACCAGGGCUCUCAAACAGCUGCUUUCAAACUUCUCUCUCGCAAACAAAGGGGGGCUUUUAAACUGUUGAACAUUUGAACCAAAACGAACAUAUCAGCAAGGUGCAGUUUCACCAGCCUCGCAUGGUCCUCCCUGUGAAGCUCAGAUAUCCUGUGAGAAAGCUCACUUGUGUUUCUAGACAGACAUGCCUCAAUAAGUCAGGCAAAAGGCACAGUAAACCUUCCAUGGGGGCGGGCACCACUAUCAAAACUGCUGCAGCCCCGCCGGUCUGGGUUAUGCCUACACUUUCUCUUAAUGCUUCAGCACUACGACCGGAAAUAGUUUCAUUGAUGUGUUUGGUCCUGUCAGAGCCCUCCAGACUGUUGUCAUCAUUAAUCGCGUGUGCUAGCUUCUUUCUACCAGCGACCCUCGCCCUGCAGUCUCGUGCUUCACACUAUAUGCAUGUUAACAACUGCGCCUUGGAAGCGCAGAGGGUUUUUGAGGCGGUCUGGCAGGUGUUAAGUUCAUGAAUGGCCGUCCUUGUCCCUCGUUCUCCACAGCAGCCAUCUCUCUUUAAAGUUGUGAAGAAUCAGAUCUGUCACAUCCUCGUGAAAGAAAACAUCCCUUAUUUAGAUUGAAUGCAGUAGUUUCCUAAAAACAACACAUGUUGAAAGAAAACCAACCCUCUGUAAGAUGUUAAAACAGUUUCCAGACUGUAAGAUGACACUUUGAAUGCCACUGAUCAGCAGCUCUUUGUGAAAGAAGCACUGAUAGGGUUUUACAUUUACCAUUUCUGGGAAAAAAAAGCAACUAUGAUUUUCACAAACAAACUCUUCAGAUAGCUGUUGAGCAGCUUUUUGUAGUAUCUAUCCGUGACUAUUUUUUUGCUUUUAUGGUAUUUUUUUUACUUGGUUACUAAUGUAACUUUUUAUUGCAAAAAAAACGUUAUGAGUAGCUCCCCCUCAAGCAGGUUUCAUGAAUUGAUUCUCAAACCAUAAUCUGCACAUUUACCUCAGGGUCGACAUCCGCAAAGCAGAUGAUGGGACAGUUUGUGGAUUUUGUUGUAACAUCAGUUCCUGCACAGAAAUGUCUGCCAGCCCCCCCCCACAGGUGUUCCUGGGUGCUCACUGCGGGUCAGUGUCCGACCACACUGGAACACAGGAACGCCUCCGAACGGGGCCCAGCUCCUGCCUAAAAUGUCUUCAUAACAUCCUACAGUUUAUACUAUUAUGCGCCUUAGUAAGCACUGGGCACUCUGGAGCUCUUUUCAGUGAAACGCCCCUUUAAACACCGUUGACCCUUAGUGUCAGUGGACUUACAGUAGGCAACAGGAAGCUCUACCAUCGGAAAAUAAACAGACUGUGACAGUGUAAACAUCCAAAUCCAUCCAGACUGCACCAGUGACGUAUACUGUAGGCCUCCACGGGCAAGAGUGUCUCGUAACUUUUAUUCUCACUGUACCAAAUCUACUUGAAUAAUUCAACACAAAAGGCCAUUGAACACAGUUUUGUACAUGUUCAUUUUUACUGUACUUGUUUGUCAAAUAAUUAUUAACCUCCCUGGAAAAAGUUGUAUAGUAUGUUUGAUUUAUUUUAGGGCUUUUUUUCUAGAUUUUCCAUUGUCUUCAGGUCAUUUCAGCAACAUUUUUGAAUAUAUCACAGCUAAGGUUGACUGUUUUUGUCGGGCUUUUAAAAAGGCACCAUGUUUUGUUAAACAUAAUUAUAUUCCUUUUUAUGGGGUUCACCCCUUUAGUCAGACACACUUUAAACUCUGUUGAUGUCAGGAUGCAGGUUAUUUCCAGCCUGUUAUCCAAAAGUUCCUCCAGGUCAGAAACGAAUGGAUUGUUUGGAAAUGACGAUAAGGAAAGGAAACCUCCUGACCUCUAUGUUCGAAAAUGUAAGUUGGAGUGACGUAAUUUCUUUAUUAUUUAGUUUUUUGAACGUUUUCCAUAAGAAUAGAGACCACAGUAUUGCGAGUUAGCAAUGUAGUCAUACUUUGUAUUAUUGCUUUUUUUGUCUCAUAUGAAAUGCUUGUAUAUUUUUUCAAAAAUCAUACCUCUUGAAAUAUUUGACUUUUGUUGUAUCUUCAUAUCUUUUUAAAACAUCCAUCAUGUAGCUUAAGUUUGCUUGAUGAGUAGCACAAAUAAUGGUGGUUUUAUCUGCCUUGAAUGAAGAAGGAAAGAGACUGUUUUCUGUAAAAAAAAAACUAAAACAAAAAAACACUGGGCUACAUUUUAUAUAAUCAUCCUCUGUUGUCAGGGUCCUACAUUCUUGUAGAUUCAAAAGGUAAUAUUUCAAGGAAAUAAUAAAACCGUAUUUUUUAUCAAUUUAUGUUAUAAAAAUAUUUUUAAAAAACCUUCUCUACUGAAGUCCAUUUGUCUACGUUUAAACAUGAGGGAUGAUGUCAGCUGUAAACUACUAUGAUCCUCCACUUCAGCGUUUCUAAAUCCAACUUUACGAUUGUAAUCCUGGUAAUAUUACAGCUUUCCACAUCUGUCAGAGAAAAAAGGACAAAUGGACAAACAAUGGUCAAAAAUAAAUACAAGGUUUCUUCACAAUGGUAACUGUGUACCAGUUAAUAUUCGUUCUGCUAAUUGUAAAAUAUAUUAAAGUGAUUUGGUUGUUGCCUUCACAUGUAAAGAACUAACAUUAAUCUUAUUUUUUAAAUUCCUAUUGAUUACAUGAAUAUAUCACGGAUCAGACCGUCUCAUCUUCAUGACUGGUCUCAGCGAACAAGCAUGAUGGACGCAUUGUGUGCCAAAACUAUACUGGUAACUUCUUAAAGAUACAACAGUGGAGGGUGAACAAACCUAGCUACUAUCAGACAUUUAACAAACUUGUACAGUUUUAUAAAGUGUCACAUGUUUUUAUGUAAUGUACAGGAUUUAAUGAAGCAACUGUAUAUUUAAUAUGCAAGUGCUCUAAGUUAAAUAUUUUUUUUCUGCUUUAUGUAAACAUUUUUGAUUGUGUAGCUUUGUUUUCAUUUGGUUCUUGUUAUUUAAUUUGUACUUUUUUUCUUUUUCUGUACAAUACUCAAGCAAUGUAUAAUGGCUUAUUACAGGUAUUUUUUGACAUAAACAAUCUUAAUGAAUAUUAACGCCCAACCAUUCCAAAGGAUUGAAAAUUGCAUUUGCUAUACAUGUGCUGCUUACAUGGACCCGAUGCAUUUUUGUAGAUUAUGAAUAGAAGUCUGUCUUGACUGUGAGUUUUUACACGUUGUGAGUUGAGCACAAGGUACGUUUCUCAUUGUCAACAUUUCCCAGGUUUAAUCUCUCCUCUCUCCUCUGCGGGCUCUUUGUAUAGGUUAAACCAAUUGGAAAGAACAACAUACAUGCAAUAUUUUAAAGUAAAGAAAUGUAUGAUAUUUAAAAGAUAAGGACAUACAGGGCAUGUCUUCCCUCAUGACAAAGGCCUGAGGAUCUAUGAAAUGUUUUAAGAGGCAGCCAUGAAAGGAGAGAGUUGUUCUCGAGCAGUGAGAAGGAGCUUUGAGUUUUCGCAGCUCAUCACAGCUCCACAGUUACAAGUUGUUACCAAAUGCUUUGAAGGGAAAGAUGAAUGUUGCAGUAAUUUUGAACCCAACCCACUUUGGACCCCUGGGUUCAACUUUACAUGCUGAUAAUUGUUGAUCAAUGGAUGUUAUGCUUGAUAUGGACCUUUUUCUACAUCUCAAAUAAGCAAUUUUGUUUUCUUUUUUUCUGAAAAUCACUUGAAUGAACAAAACCUGUUCAAUCAUACGAGCAAAACUAAUUGUGACUGAGUAAAAUAUGAGAAACAAAAGAGACUGAGUGAGUAGGAACAUGCAGAGUAGCAGACCACAUCUGUCUGUACCCUUCACUGACCAUGUGGUCUUGCUUGACUGCCUGAACUGAAACUGUACGGCAUUUGCUCUUCACUGUAGGAAUGCACACUGACAAAAAGGCUUUUCAAGCGUUGGACAUAUUUGCCCUUAAAGGAUUAGUGUGUUCUAGGUUAUGCAGUACACAGUGCAGUGAAUGACCUCCCUUUAACUAAAGAGAGAGCCUCUCACCAGCCCCUUGGUUCUGUUUCCGUACCUGUUUGUCCUCAGUGUAAUGUUGCUCUCUUGAUACCUCUGUGUGUUUCCCCUCUGCCCAUCACCAUCAGUUGCCUGUUGUAGUGACUCUGUGGUGCUGCUUCCCCUUUCAGCACCAGUAUAAUCUAAUCUGUAAAUAACUCUCGACUCAGCUAUGGCCAGUACAUUCUCCGUUGACCUCACUCUAACCUUCAGGUGUCAUUUUUUUCUCUCAGCAAACCAAAAUCACUACAUUCAAGUAUUACAGUUGUACAGUUCGGGAUUUCUCACACAUUCAAUGUGCUGGUCUUAGCUGCUCUGCUGUACCUUUUUAUGGCAUUAUUUUUUACAUGUUAGACAAUAUAUUGUGACCAUGUCCUAUGCAAAUAUGAAAAAUAACAGAUUGUUGGAUAAUGUAUGUUGGAUAAUGUAUGUUGUCAUAACUUGUAUGCAUGAAAUAGUGAAGUUUACAAUUGGAAAUAAAUUCAUAAAAUAAGCAGCUA